ACUACCGUGUGUCCUUCAGAUUUUAUUGCAAUUUAUUCACCGUUAGCCCUUUCCGAUUAGAUAACGCUUUAUUAAGUAUUAAUUACUCGUCUUAAGGUUUGAAACGUGCACUACCGAAGCUGGUGGCUUCCUUCUUACAGCUUCGGGAUUUAUAAACGGGAUCUGAAGUGAAGUCUCGCGAGAACAGAGGGAUCAGUGGGCUUUGGCUGUCAGGGUUGUGCCUGUGGGAGACGGCGUAGAGAAACUCUGAAUAUGAGUGAUGACAAACCGUUCCUCUGCACUGCACCUGGCUGUGGUCAGCGAUUUACAAAUGAAGACCAUUUGGCAGUCCAUAAACAUAAGCAUGAGAUGACCCUCAGGUUUGGUCCAGCACGCAGUGACAGUGUCAUCAUCGCUGACCAAACACCGACACCCACACGCUUUCUGAAGAACUGUGAGGAGGUCGGACUGUUCAACGAGCUCACUAGUCCCUUUGAGCAUGACUUCAAAAAGGCCACAGAGGAGGAGAUUAAAAAGUUACCUUUGGAUUUGUCACCUCUUGCAACUCCUGUUGUACGAAACAAAAUCGAGGAACACGCAUCCCUUGAAUCCCAUCGAGACAGCCCUCUGCCCCAUCCCGAGUCUACAACCAGUGAUGACAAGGAGGUUUCUUUGCAGCCGUCCUCUCUGCCUACGUCCACUAUAGUCCGUCCUGCCUCCCUCCAAGUCCCCAAUGUACUUCUGGCCAGUACUGACGCUAGUGUUGUUAUUCAGCAAGCCCUUCCAUCUCCAACGUCUAGUUCUGUUAUAACUCAAGUCCCAUCCUCUAAUAGGCCAAUAGUUCCUGUGUCUGGCACAUUCCCAGUGAUUCUGCAGCUUCCAAAUGGACAGACCAUGCCCGUCGCCAUCCCAGCCACCAUCGCCAGCUCUAACGUACACAUCCCCACUGCCAUACCUCUGGUAAGACCAGUCACCGUAGUGCCUAACGUUCCCGGGAUCCCUGGUCCUUCCUCUCCACAACCCGUCCAAUCAGAAGCAAAGAUGAAGCUGAAGGCAGCUCUCAGUCAGCAGCUUCCUCAGGUAACGAACGGAGACACGGAGCAAUGUCGCGCCGCCAGCGAGACUUCGCCCCCAGUCCCACCACCAGUCCCACCACCAGCUGAGGAGACAUGUCCACAAUCCCUACAACAACCAGCAACGUCAACCACAGAAACACCUGCAUCACCAGCCACGCCCGCUCAGCACACACCCAGUACAGGUGGGCGGCGCCGCCGGUCAACCAACGAAGACCCCGACGAGAAAAGACGAAAGUUUCUGGAGAGAAACAGAGCAGCGGCCUCACGCUGCAGACAGAAAAGGAAAGUGUGGGUACAGAGUCUGGAGAAAAAAGCAGAAGACCUGAGCUCAAUGAACGGACAGCUGCAGAACGAGGUGACUGUGUUACGGAACGAAGUGGCCCAGCUGAAGCAGCUCCUGCUUGCUCAUAAGGACUGCCCAGUGACGCUUAUGCAGAAGAAGUCCGGCUUCCACUUGCUCGAUAAGGAGGACAGCAGUGAGGAGAUGUCCGUCCCUGGCAGCCCUCAUAACGAGGCCAUCCAGCACAGUUCUGUCAGCACAUCCAAUGGCGUGAGCUCGUCUACAGCAUCCGGCUCUGCCACUGGGCCAACCACAGACCAGAGCACAGAGGGGGAGGAGUCCAGCACGGCCCCGGCCACUCACACCCAGCCCACUAAGAGCUGAUCGAGAUUCUCUGUGGUUACUUUUAUUCCUGGCAGCCAUGUUGACGUGAUGUUGAAAAACAUCCCUCACGUUUCUUCAGUCUGGAGAAUGCUCAUCAUCACGUUUACUUAAUUUGCCAUCAAACACAUUUGAACAAAAUGUAGUAAAGAUGCAAAUAGAUGGCACUUUACAAACCAUGAGCAAGAUUGUACCGAAUGUCUGAUUGUUUUGUUUUGUUUUGUUCCUUCUCUUUAGUAUCCAUGUUUAUUUAUUACAUGUACAUGAUUAUGAGUUAUGUGACAUUGGAACUCUGUAGUAUUGACUGGCUCUGUGUGUUUUAUAUAAGAGUCAAAUGCCAAAGUGUGUCCUGGCUCGACAUAACAGGAAAUUGAGUUUCUCCAGCACUACUGCAGGCCUACGGAGAGACGGAGCAGCCACGUUUAUUUCUUUACGCCUUUUCCAUUUUGCACAUGAGGAGAGACAGGUUGUUUACUUUUUUAUGUAGUGUUUGACUGUUGAUACAGACAGGUCUGGCAACUUCUACGCCUAGAUUUGAAUACAUGCAUUAUUUCAAAUCUUCGACGAUCGAGCGCAGUUUAAACACUUUUUUUCCUUUGUGAGUGAGUUAUUGGCUUCGUCCACAAGCGCUAUGAUGUGGGCAGAAUGUUUAAAGUAAUCUUAGGCCUGUAAAAGCAAGUCUUAAGGAUAUCUGGUUUAGAAUCAUGUCUUUUAAGAGCAAAGCUUUGAUCAACAUUCCAUGAGUAGUUUGUUCCAGUUGGGUAACUGUAGGACUGUAGAGCAUAUUUCACCAUACAGACGUGUCUUUGAUGUUGAUUUUAGCCGUGCCAUUUUUAAAAAAAAUGUAUUAGUUACAGAUAUUGAUUUGUAACUGAUGAAUACAGGCAGACGGCCGUAUAAAAGUAGAUUGUGUUCUCAGAUCACAGAGGCUUUCAUGUACAUAAUGUGGAUGGAGUGGGAGGCUUUUUUUUUUUUUUUUAAUUUAUUAAACGAUUUUAUGUUCCUUGCCACUUGCUGUCAAAGGGACAGAUUUUGAAUCCAUCGUGUUCUACUUUACAAAACACUGUUAGAUAAAAUACGACUUUUACUGUUAUUAAUUCAAUUCAGUUGAUUGUCAGAUACUGCAUUCUAGGAAACACUGUAAAUUGCAUUCAUGUUGAUAACAUUGUAUAUGAUAUCUGCAGAGAUUUUGUGCAUUCUUUCUGUUCUUAGGUCUUACAACCUUUCAUUUCAUAAGAAUAGUGAAAAUGUUCUUUAAAAAAAAAAAAGGAAACACUUGGAAUAGUUUAUUCCCUCCAAACGCUAAAGUAAAGAAUAAUUAUAAUAAUAUGACUUUUGAAUGAUUAAUAUUAUAAUCAGGAGAUCAUUUCUGAAAAUAAGGACAAUGGUUCAAAUUAAAUGUACUUUAUUUAAGUAAAAUUCUUUAAUUGCAGUUGAGUAAGAGUAACUCCUAGUAUCGUCAGUUAGGCUCAGAUUGCCUUCUCUUAAGAUAUAUUGGCUUACUACUAUGUAGUUUUAUUGAUGCAUUACUUUUUUCUACAGGUACAUGCCAUCUAUUUAACAAUGGUUUUGUUUUACAGGUUAAAAAUUUAGUCUGGUCACUGUUCUGUGCUUACUUGCAUGAGGGACUGAUUCUCCGAGAGAAUUAGACUGGUAUUUUAAUCAUGUCUUAGUUGGAUUAUUGCUGUAGAACAUGUUAAACUUUUCUCAUUCAGGAGAUGGCAGGUUUACUUUCUGCUGUUUGUUAAACUUUAGCCAUGCUGCGGAAGAUAAGGAUGUUACUAUUAUUGUGUUGGCAGUAAACUUGUCAUUUUCGUGAAAGUUAUGUAUAAAGUUACAUAAAUUAAUACAAUGUUGUAAUAAAUCUUUUAAUAUCUCUUUAAAUCUA